AUGGCCUUGGAGCUGACUCGUUCCGAGUCGAGUGAAUCUCUCCAUCCGGAACUAGACGAACAGAAUUCAUCGCAUGUUUACGUUAUCUAUCGGAAAAGGUGGAAACGACAUUAUGAAAUCAAGUCUACCGCAAACCAGCUCUUAUACUUCGGAGAGGUGUCCAAUUUCAUACACGCUAAGCCUGAUCUCACCUUACACCGAGGAGCCAGCGCCAACGCACCUGUGGUGGCAGCUAGCAGACUUGGCAGACUCUCCGGUCACUUCAAGUUGGCCUUGGGAGACCCUGAUGAUGUGAACAAUGUACAAUGGGAGGAUAUGACGAGGGUAUCAUGGAUUCACCAAAGUUAUCGCUUUGAAGUGAACGUGCCACAUCGUUAUGAGGGUGCCCACGAGCAUCAUCGACGCACUUUUCUCUGGAAGCGAACACGCUCGGUGGGAGUCGGUGACGCAAAGCCAUCAUGGAGCUCUCGGAAUUUCAAGCUGGUCGAUGAGAAAAGCGGUGAUCUGGUUGCAGUAUUCACCAACAAGCGGUCUAUUGGCCAAUGUGGGAGAUUGCAGAUCAAGGAGGAGCACGGGGAGUGGUUUGAUACAAUGAUCUUGCUUUCCUAUAUAAGCAUAUAUGAGAAGUUCGAGCGUGGUAACCGGCAAGCUGCUGCCGCAGCCGGAGGGGCAUAA